AUGCACCUUCUACCCUCUCGUGUUGUCUGUUUCCAACCAAUGUCUUCUUGUAUGUCACCAAAUAUGGAAUUUUAACUUUUAUUUUUUUAUUGCAAUGCACUUCCUCAGCGUUCAGGAUUCUGGUGUUGGUGAUGAGAUCUGCAUAUUACAUUUCCUUUCUAAAGCUGUGCAUUUUCUAACUUCUUUAUUGCUACUGCAACACUGGGAAGUUUAAUCCUUUUAUUUACAAAGACGCAACUUACAUUCAGUUGUAAUAUCCAUUCAACUGUGCUACUGCAAAUAAUAUAUUAAGAAUUUUGUUAUUUCUGGAAAACCUCCUUUUGUGUUCACCCACUGUCUUUGUGAUGUCCACUGUUGAUUGUUUUGUACAAAGUGGCAUGUGUAUACAUUACAAGCUAUAUCUAAUGCUUUUUAUUUUAUAUAUUCUAGGCUCGAAUGGAAACCUUAAAUCGUCCUUUAGUUUCUCUGACUCCUCAGCCACACAUCCAGAUCAGGGCUGUAUCUCCUCAUGCAUCAUCUCAGCCAUCACCCCUUGCACCACCUCCUCCACCCCCACCGCCGCCACCUCCUCCUCCACCCCCUCCCCCACCUUCACUUCCCACCCAAUCUAAAAGUCCUUCUGUGUCCACACCAAUUUUGUUUGCUAAAUACAGUACCAUCACAAGAUUACAAAAUGCUGCCCAAUAUCCAGGGCCUACCUUUAAAUCCCCCACAUCAAAUAGCACAGUUCAACACAUUCCACCAAGUUCAAAGCAUCAGAUGAUUGUUACCCCAAAUGGGGCUAUCCCCGCCUCCACCGCCACCACCACCAGGUUCAACAAUGGCAAUGCUAAAACCAUUUCCAUGUACACCAUCUAUGCCUCAGUUUACACCACCACCACCUCCACUGAAAAUCAAUCAAGUCCAGCAAAACAACAUUGCCCAGGCUACCCAGCCCCCUCCACCACCUCCACUACCACCUCCACCACCACCUCCUCCCCCUCCAUUCCAAGCACCUAUUUAACAGUUUGGGACAGUUUCCAAGCCAGCCCUGCCUGUUGCCACCCCACCAGCGUCUGUAGCCCUGGGGCCUCCUACUGCACCCAAAAAGCAGCUUCAUUUCACACUCUCACAGACGCAACAAUCUUCAACGAGUCCAUCAGUUAUGUCUGCUCCCACUCCACCUCCAACCUUACCAAAACAGCAGAGCUUCUCAACAAAACCACCAUCUUCUCCACUUUCCCCUAUGCCUUCAGUUAAGCUGAUUGCUAGUCAGUUCCCACCACCACCUCCACCACUUUCAGAACCUCAGCCUCCUAAACCAGGCACUCCCAUCUCUGCCCCACAGUCUCCACCAGCUGUGAAAGCAAAACCAAAAUGGCAGCCAUUUUCAGUUCCAUCCUCUGACUUCCCCCCUCCUCCACCUGAAAGCAGCUUAACAAUUCUUCCUCCACCACCCCCUCCACCUCCCCCUGCCACAUCUCCCGUUCCACCUCCUUCCCCCACACCAGAAAAGACUGGUUCGCCAGCUAAAAAGGCAAGCAAGACAUCCAGUCCUGGAGGGAAGAAGCCUCCCCCCACUCCCCAGCGCAAUUCUAGUAUUAAAUCGAACAGCUCUGCUGAAUACCAUGAAUCUAAGAAAUCCUCUGUGGACAGCCUAGUCAGCAAGUUCUCUGACUCACCAGGAUCACCAUCAAAGGAGUCAUUACCUCCCCCUGCAGCUCCACCAAAGCCAGUUAAACUAAACCUUUCAGGUGUAAAUUUGCCCAUGUUUUUUCAGCAAGGAAAUCUUUCCAGCCAAGUCCCUGGGACGUUGCCUUCAGGAAAAGUGUCAGUCACCGAGUUUCCAUCUCCACCGUCUGAUUCUGAAUCCGAUUUCCCACCUCCACCAGCAGAUCUUGAGCUCCUGCCACCACCUCCACCACCUGUUUUGUUUUCUGGAAAUACUUCUCCAAAGGUGGCUGUGGUAAAUCCACAACCCCAGACAUGGUCAAAAUCUUCUGUAAAGAAAGCCCCACCACCCACCAGACCAAAAAGGAAUGACAGCAUGCGUCUGAUGCAAGCAGAAGUGACAGAAUCAUCUACCCCUGUCAGCCUACAAGUACCACCAACUUCACCUAAGCCAAGUCUUAGUGUGCAACCAGGUUUCCUUGCUGACCUGAACAAGACUCUACAGAGAAAAUCCUUUACAAGGCAUAGCUCAUUGUCAUCUGCCCGUUUAUCAAGGCCUGAGCCCACAGCCACCAUGGAUGAUAUGGUCCUGCCACCUCCUCUUCCAGAACUGCUAGGAGACAAUCAAAAAGCUAACUGCUAUGGAGGCAGCCAUUUAUCAGGCUAUGCAACAUUACGAAGGGGGCCACCUCCAGCCCCUCCCAAAAGGGAUCAGAACACUAAGCUUUCUCGUGAUUGGUAA